GGAGGCGAUGUGCGCCUGCGCGUUCGCAACUGGCCUCGGGGAAAGGAACCGAAGUCUCUUCGAGGAGGCCGACAGGGUCGCGCGGAGUGACGUCAUAGCAAUGUGACUGCUGCCGAAGACUACGAUGAAUAGAGCACCUCAUCUUCAGCCGCAGUGCCCUGCAGUUGCUGCACAGAAGAAUGUCCACAUACUUGUUGGGGUGACCGGAAGCGUGGCUGCCUUAAAGCUGCCUCUUCUCGUGACAGAGCUUCUGAAGAUACCUGGUCUGGAAGUGCAAGUGGUGACUACGGACAGGGCGAAACACUUUUAUAGCCCCCAGGAGAUUCCCGUGACCCUCUACAGUGAUGUGGAUGAAUGGCAGCUGUGGAAAGGACGCACGGAUCCUGUGCUGCACAUCGACCUGAGGCGCUGGGCUGACCUCAUGCUGGUGGCACCUCUGGAUGCAAACACCUUAGCCAAGAUUGCCAAUGGCAUCUGUGACAAUUUACUGACCUGCGUCAUCCGUGCCUGGGAUCUCAGCAAGCCACUGCUUUUCUGCCCCGCCAUGAACACGGCCAUGUGGGAGCAUCCAAUCACGGCUCGGCAAAUAGAGCAGCUCAAGGGCUUUGGCUACACAGAGAUCUCUUGCAUUGUGAAGAAGCUGGUUUGUGGAGAUGAAGGUCGUGGCGCCAUGGCCGAAGUGCCAACCAUUGUGGGGAAAGUGAAGGCGAUCCUGUUGGAGUGGGGUGUACCGGUGCAGAGCUGACCCUCCUGGAACGGAUUGCAUUUUCUUCUCCUUCCAAACAGUUGUUGGGCUAUGAAAACGACAUGGACAGAGCUGGAUCCAGUCUUCGAAACUGUUCAGACUGGAGCAAAUUCGGGGGUCUCCCAAAGCCAAGAAUGUAGUAUUUUGAUAAGGGUUGCUCCCUGAUUGUGCAACACUUGUUCCGUCCUGGAGACAGAAGCUGGGAGUUGUUUAUGAAUCUUUUAUGUGAGAUAGAGAAGAGAAUGAUGUAACUGUCUGUGGGUUUGGGAAGGCAGGAGUUUAUACCUUAGAGUUCUGUCCCUCAAGCGGCACAUCAGAUGUGCAACGUCUCUGCUUCUUCACUGCACGUUUUUCUUUGGGGCCACCAGGACUGUAGUCUUGCUCUGCAUAUUUCCUUAGGAGGAUACUCACAUGGCCAUACACACUAAAAGAAGGGGGGGCAAGGCAGCAAGAACUCCGGAGGCACUGGAUGCGGCAGGGAAAGGAGACAGACAGGUUGGUGACGCAUGGGGCUCCUCAGAGGGCCGCAUGUGGGAGGAGACAUUGGGCAUGAUUUUCACCCACGAUCCCCUCCCAUGACCCAGCUACAGCCACCCAGGUGCCAGCCAGAAGGGGCACAACAGGGAAAGGGUGUUUGGAGCAGUGGAGUAUGAUUCUUUGGUGCAGCCAACCAGCGCAGCCCAUGUUUUGGCUGUGACAAUAGUUAUUGGGGGGGGGGGGGGCGUGGAUUGCCAGCGAGGGAGAAUGUAGCACAAGUAGGGUCAACAGCGAAUGUUCCGCUCCGAGCUUUGCACAGAGGUUUGGACCAGGCUCUGUUUGCAGUUUCCCCCAGUUCUUCACCUUUCACUCUUUUGUUGUCUGCUGGUAUUGAUGUCCGAGAGAAAGCCAAACAGAAUCAGGGAAGGAAAAGGUCUUCUCGGGUCUCAGCUGCCUAUAAAUGGCAGUUUUUGGCUUGGCAAGUCAAGAAAGGCGGGGGGGGGGGGGAAACUGGGAACUCUUUCCUGAAAAAUAAAUCUUUCGAACGCUCUUGGAGUUUGAAAAUUAACAGCUUGUUACACAGGAAUUGGGAAAGAGAGCUGUGCCUUCCGUGGAUGGCUUUGUGUGUGGGGGGGAUCUAGGUCCAUCCUGUCAGGGCAGGUCAGCGGCUCAUCUCAUAAACACGGCCAAAGUUGCUGACACAUCCCCAAGCAUGUUUUCCCCUUUGCUAAAUGGGUCCGUGCAAACAGAUGGCCUGUCUAGGACAUAAUGUCCCCGUCAUGCUCAGGGCAGCCUUUGGACUGCUGAGCGACUCAGGGACAGGCCGGAGCCUUAUCAGUCCUUACAAACAAAACGCUCUCUGAACUUGUCUGUCUUGAUGUCUUCAUGGAAGUGCGGCACCAACUUGUAUGAGGCUGGAAAGCUGGUGCUUCAGGCCAGAAGCCUCCCAGUCCAGGGCAGCGUGGCAGCUAAGCCAUCUCAGAGGGUACAGUUUCAGAUCUCUCCUCUGCCACGAACUCUCUGAGUGUCCUUAGGCAAGCUGCUGUCUCUCAGCCGGGGCUCCCAGCUGCAGCAUGAAGUUGUGUGUUUGUGUGAUGUGCUUUGAAGUCGCUUCCGACUUCCGGUGACCCUAUGAAUGAAAUACCUCCAAAAUGUCCUAUUAUUAACAAACCUUGCAAACAGGAGGACGUGGCUUCCUUUCUUGAGUCCAGCCAUCUCGUUUCGGGUCUGCCUCUUUUCCUACGGCCUUCAGCUUUUCCUAGCUUGAUUGACUUUUCCAGUGAGCAGCGUGGGAUUAGGGGAAAAUACCUCUGGCCUACU